AACUUUAUAAUUAUUUUUUAUUAAAUAUUUUUUUCUGUUUUAAAAUCAAAAAGUUAUUUUAUUUUAUUGACAAUUUUCAAGCAUCUUUUAACUUGGGAUAAUUUUGUAACGAAAAGACAAUUACAAUGAACGAUUUUCAAAAUUUAAAAUAUCGCAACGGAUUGGGAUCUGAUAUUUCAUCGGAAGAUCCGAGAUGUCCAAACUCACUGCCCGCUGGACAAUUGACACCUCAAAAAUGCCCUUAUGGUUUGUACGCUGAACAGUUGUCCGGGACAGCAUUUACCGCCCCCAGAGACCAAAAUAAAAGAAGUUGGCUGUACAGAAUGAAGCCCUCGGCCCAACACGAACCCUGGUCUCAGGGGCCCAACGUACCCUACUUCACCACCAAGUUCGAUCAAAUCGAUCCGUCUCAGAUAAGAUGGAAUUCUUUUGAUAUUCCUAAAGAAGAGUCUGUUAAUUUCUUCGAGGGUAUUCACACGAUAGCGGGAGCUGGCGACCCGCGGACGCGCAGUGGUUUAGCCAUUCAUGUCUAUCUGUGUAAUGCCUCCAUGAAAGACAGUGCCUUCUACAAUUCGGAUGGUCAUUUUCUAUUAGUACCUCAGCAAGGAACGCUUUACAUCAAGACGGAAUUUGGAAAACUGACGGUUGAACCUUUGGAGAUCUGCGUAAUACCGCAAGGAAUAAGGUUUCAAGUGCAAGUCAGCGGGCUGACCAGAGGCUACAUACUCGAGGUUUACGACACCCACUUCAAACUGCCAGAUCUGGGCCCCAUAGGUGCGAACGGGCUUGCAAAUCCGAGAGAUUUUGAGAUUCCGGAAGCUUGUUACGACGAGAAAGCGCCAGACAUGAAGUUUAAAAUCGUUUCAAAGUAUCAAGGAUUGCUGUUCACAGCUCUGCAGGAUCACUCGCCAUUUGAUGUAGUAGCAUGGACUGGUAACUUGUACCCGUACAAAUACCAUCUCAACAACUUCUGCCCGGUAAACACAGUUGUGUACGACCAUGCUGACCCAUCCAUAUUCACAGUGUUAACGUGCCAAUCUGCCAGAGUGGGGACUGCUAUUGCUGAUUUCGUCAUUUUCCCGCCCCGUUGGUCCAUUUCGGAGAACACAUUCAGACCGCCCUAUUAUCAUAGGAACUGCAUGAGUGAAUUCAUGGGACUGAUACAAGGAAAUUAUGAAGCCAAGGAGUGCGGGUUUUUGCCAGGGGGGGCUUCCCUACAUAGCAUAAUGACCCCUCACGGACCAGAUGCCGAAUGUUUUAAAGAGAAUUCUCAGGCUACCCUCGUUCCGAGGAAGAUAGCGCAAGAUUCUAUGGCCUUUAUGUUUGAAUCCUGCUUGAGCCUAUCCCUGACUGAAUGGAGCUUGCAUGGGUGUGGGAAGAUUGAUCCGGAUUACUACAAAUGCUGGAAUGGUCUGGAGAAUCAUUUUGAUGUCAACAAUAAACCGACGGCUGAAGAUUUGAUGAAACCGUUUGACAAAAUCAAACUAUCGAAGAAAAAUUAAUGUAGUUAGUUGGCAGCUGGUUGAUAAACUAUAUUUUUUUUUCAAAACUAGAAAUAAAUAAAAUUCGAUAUUUGAUUUUUUGGACAAUUUGGUUUGCCUAUCCUGUUAAGUAAUAAAUGUUCAAAUGAAAAUUAUCUCGUCAUCUUUUAGUUUACGUGAAAUAAAAUAUCAAAUCUCUGU